UCCUGAAGAUGCCAAAAAUGGAGAAUCAGAUGUGUGUGGCUCGGAGAGAUCCCUGCCAUGUGUGUGGUUGGCAUGGAGAGUAGAGGCUCAGAGAAUCAAAUAGUCCCAUUUGUCAAAUCUGCUCUCGUUUCAGACCAGAAGGAACUGGUGCCCACGAAGCUUCCCCCGAUUAUCUCAAAAGAUGGGAAUUAUUCUGUGCACCAGAAUAGCCACACAAAGUACCACAAAGCUGUACGGAAGGUGUUGCUAAAGACAUUCCCCAAUCAAGUCUUUAGAGUCCCCUUGACUGAUGCUCAGAACUUCAGCUUCUGGAGGUCAAAUGAGCCAGGAGUGCGCCCAGAAGACACCAUGCCGUGGAUCCGGAGCCCUCGCCACUGCCUCAUUAAAAGCCCAAUGACCAGGUUAAGCAGGGAGGGGUGAGGUGGGGAGACUAUUCCCUCCA